AAUUGCUUAUACAGUGUGAUCAGCGGAGUAGAGCGAAAACAAAAAGCGAUAAUCAAAACAAAACUCUGACGAAGCUGCAUGCAAAAUCGUAUAAAAGGCAGAUGCUAACAGAAUAAAUUCAACAGUUUCGAUACCAAAGGGUUUCCAACAACAUCUCUACCGAAAAUGAAGUUCCUGAUUGUCCUCUCCGUCAUUUUGGCCAUUUCGGCUGCUGAGCUGCAACUAUCCGAUGAGCAGAAGGCUGUGGCCCAUGCCAAUGGCGCCCUUUGUGCCCAGCAGGAGGGAAUCACCAAGGAUCAGGCGAUCGCCUUGCGAAACGGCAAUUUCGAUGACAGUGACCCCAAGGUGAAAUGCUUCGCCAAUUGUUUCUUGGAGAAAAUCGGAUUCCUGAUCAAUGGUGAGGUCCAGCCCGAUGUCGUUCUGGCCAAGUUGGGACCCCUGGCCGGCGAGGAUGCCGUGAAGGCCGUUCAGGCCAAGUGUGAUGCCACCAAGGGAGCGGAUAAGUGCGAUACUGCCUAUCAGCUAUUCGAGUGCUACUACAAGAAUCGCGCCCACAUCUAAGCGCCAAAUCUCCGAUAUUCUCCUGUGUGAUAAUCUGUCUGUGACUUGUUACUUAUAUUGUUUUAAUUCAGUAUAUCAAUUCGUAAACAAAAUUUUUAGAUCUGUAAAUGUUUUGAAUAAUAAACUCAAGAAUAUAUUUCGUUUUUAAAAAAAAACUUGACAAGAAACCUUUGCGAGACUAUGUUCCAAAUAGAAGAUCAUGCUUAAAGCUUUUACAUAACUCUCCUAGAAUCUCACUUGGCAUUUGUUAAUAUUUUAAAUAUUAAUGUUAAACGUUUGAUCAAAUAACUUUUUAGCUGUCCAACAAAAACUUAAAGGAACCUUCCAGGAAAAUAACUUACGUAAACCCCUAACAGAGAAC